AAGACAUCAUAUGCGCCAGACCAGCUUGAACACUGAAACAUCAUCCGGUGUUGGAGUCUUGGGUUGUUGAAGAAGAAGAUGGGGAAGUUUGCUCUCCCUAAUCUCUUAGUUCUCCUUCUAAACUUGGGUACUUUGCUUGCUUCUCUUGCUUUACCCUACUGUCCUCCUCCAGAGUACCCACCAAAAUUCCCACCCAAACAACCUCCCCACGUAAAGCCACCCUUCCCACCAAAGUAUCCACCCCAUGUUAAGCCACCCUUCCCGCCAAAGUAUCCACCCCAUGUUAAGCCACCCUUCCCGCCGAAGUAUCCACCCCAUGUUAAGCCACCACAACCACCCAAGCCGCCUGUAAAACCGCCCCACCCGCCAUAUGUCAAGCCACCACACCCACCCAAGCCUCCUGUAAAACCACCACAUCCGCCACAUGUCAAGCCACCACAUCCACCCAAGCCACCUGCGGUAAAGCCACCAUAUAUACCAAAACCUCCAGUUACACCCAAGCCUCCUGUCUAUCCCCCCUACGUACCCAAACCGCCGGUGAAACCACCACAUCCGCCACAUGUCAAGCCACCACAUCCACCCAAGCCACCUGCGGUAAAGCCACCAUAUAUACCAAAACCUCCAGUUACACCCAAGCCUCCUGUCUAUCCCCCCUACGUACCCAAACCGCCGGUAAAACCACCACAUCCGCCGCACGUUAAGCCCCCACAUCCACCCAAGCCACCUGCUGUAAAGCCACCCUAUAUUCCAAAGCCGCCAGUUACACCCAAGCCUCCUGUCUAUCCCCCCUAUGUACCCAAGCCUCCGGUCUAUCCGCCGGUCGUGCCCAAACCUCCCAUUGUUUAUCCACCACCUUAUGUGCCCAAACCCCCGCCGCCGGUUGUGACUCCUCCUGUUAUUCCCAGCCCUCCCAUUGUAUACCCACCAGUACCAGUAGUGCCACAUCCACCACCGUUGCCGCCACCAGUGGUGCCACAUCCACCGCCGUUGCCGCCUCCUGUGGUGCCACAGCCGCCGCCGUUGCCGCCGCCAGUGGUGCCACAGCCUCCGCCUUUGCCGCCGCCAGUGGUGCCACAGCCGCCGCCGGUGGUUCCCGUGCCUCCAGUUGUUCCUAACCCUCCUCCGACAGAGACGCCAUGUCCUCCUCCCCCACCUCCACCGGCAGACACAUGCCCCAUUGACACUCUAAAGCUGGGAGCAUGCGUAGACGUGUUAGGCGGCCUUGUGCACAUAGGGAUUGGCAGUAGUGCUAAGGACACAUGCUGUCCAGUGCUGCAAGGUCUGUUGGAUUUGGAUGCGGCUCUCUGCCUUUGCACCACCAUUAAGGCUAAGCUUCUAAAUAUCAGUAUCAUUAUUCCCAUUGCUCUUGAGGUCCUCAUUGAUUGUGGCAAGACUCCACCUUCAGGGUUCAAAUGUGCCGCCUAAGGAUGCAGUAUUGCAUGGUGUGAUCACUUCGGAAGAAAAUAACAAGCGAGAUGAUCAUGUUAAUCUUUUUACAGAAUUUGUGUGUUGAUGUUUCGUUCAUCUCAUGGUGUAUCAAAUGAUUCAAAUCGAUAUGCUGUGGGUACAAUGUUUUAGAUGAAUAAUGUUAUGUUGUGUUUUAACUUUUUUUUUCCUCCCUGCACUUUACUUGCCCCAAAAAAAAUGUUGUACGUUGUUUUAUACGCUACUGCAGUUUUUGAAUGAGAACUUCAUGAAUUUCGUAAA